CGAUCAGUGGCACCACCCCCACUAAUACUACAGAUUGUAUGGAGCACCCAAUUUUCUAUUCUGAGUAUGGUGUUUCCCUUUCUGGAUCAUCUCCUCCUCACCAGGCCCGCCGCCACUGCUUGCUACUGCAAGCUUCUCAUGCAGAUGACGGUCUUCCGGUUUCCUCCCUGCCCCAGUGAUGCUUGCCGGAAAUACGCCCACUUUCUAUGUCUGUCUACAGUGUUAUGGGACCCGUGAGACGUGGCCCAAUAAGAGAUUAUGCCGUUGGGCAGUUCGUCAAUGAUGUCCCCAACCCCCAUGCCCGAACUGCAGCUCGAAAUUAUCCCGUCCGACUGGGUCGUGGAUGAAGUUCGAUACGUCGCCUCGCUUGGUUCACGAAAAGAAUUGUUUGCGGACUGGCGCACAAUUACUGCUUGUACUUUUUGCCUUCAAGCCAAUACGUCAGGGUCUGUCCGAACCUGACCUUUCACAUUCCCAUAUCGGUUCAUACUCCAUUCUGAUCCGUCGCCCCCCUGUUCUUUUCUUUUCUUAUUCCUUUUGCCCCUGGCCCUGUCUAGACCUCCACAGGCGGGUGAUCAAAACCCUCCCGACUGAUAUAUAUCUAGUGCCCAGUUCCCACUCUAAUUGAGGCCAUUCAAAGUUGUGCAACGUUACUGAUCCAAUGCUAUGGCCAAGAAAGGAGGAAAGAACAAGAAAAAGACCAACAACAACAAUAACAAUAAGCAACGGCUACCAGUAAACGACAAUCAACUAUCAAACCCAGAGAAUAGCCCCCCUAUUGAGCCCGCCCCGGAAACGGCGGUUGAAUCUGCAGAAAAUGGGGAAACCGAUCCAGGCAAUAACCCCGCUGAGGCAGGCAAUGUUCCAGAAGGAGGAUCAAGUAGCUCGCCGACUGACACUGCAUCAUCUCCUGAGGCUGCAGAAUCGUCAGAGGCGACAACGCCGUCCCCGGACCCUGUAGAAAGCCCCGGCGAGCCUGCUGCAGAAGCCGACGACACAACCCAAACGCCCAAGGAUGAGAGUGCCUCAGACGACAAGAAAGACGAACCACCAACCGAAGGCUGUGUUCAGCACGCAGAAGCGGAACAGGAUGCCACAGAUGCUGUGAAUGCAAGCGUCCCUGAGCAAGAUACUCAAGAGUCGAAGAAUGAUACUGAUAUCUCCGAAGAGGGUCCCUCUGUUGAAUCAGAUAAACCCGCACCUGAGAAUGGAGAAGCUGCGGAACAAGUAGGUGAAGAUGCUAAAGCAGAAGAAGAAUCGGCAGCCAAAGAAAUGGAGGGCCUUGACGACGGCUCUAAAGAGACCGAUCUAGUACCGGCUCUUCCUGAAACUACUCCGCAGCCUGCAGAUGAGCCCGCAAAUCCUGAUGAGACAGGCAACGCUUCGUCCAAUGCACCAGUAACAGAUCCGAAUACAGAAAAUCACCCAUCUGACCCUGCGCCUGAAACAGAAACAUCGACCGACAAGGCGUCAACAGAUGAGGUGACAACUACAGAGGCUCAAGAGAAAAUUACAGCUUCGGCCAACCCAGACAUUGACGCCGAACCAAACUCACCGGAGUCUACAGAUAAAGUAGAGCCUGAAUCUGGAGAAACGCCGAUUCCUCCAGCAGAACCUGUGCAAGAUAUACCCUCUAUUGAAGAACCUGCGCCUGCAGACGCCAAUGAAGGCGCAGCCUCCGGCAAAGGCAAGAAGGGAAAGAAGAACAAGAAAAAGAAGAAGAAGGGCGCUGUUGCCGAACCAGAACAGGUCGAGGAUCCUGCUGUCGCUGAAGCAGAAGUCGAACCUGAGGCCAAGGAAACAGAAACAGAAGCUGCACCAAAAGCCACCGCUGAACCCGAUCCAUCCCCCGAUGAGGAUCAAGCCGAUGCUGGAGCAGAUGCUAAUACUGGCGAUAAGAAGCCUGAACCCACAGCAGAGGAACCCACUUCCGAAGAGCCCGUUUCCGAAGAACCUUCCGUGGAUAAGCCUAGCGACGGUUCUGCUGCCCCGGAAGAUGCCGAGCAUUUAUCUCCAGAGAAAGCGGUACCUGAGGAACCGCCAAAAGAGGAGCCAACGGAAGAGACUGCGCCUGAAGGGGUUGAGGACAAUGUCGGUGCUGGUGGCAUGACUCCAGAGCCGAUUGAAGAGCCAGCCAACAUGGAAACCGCUGAGCAAACACCGGCUGAAGAGGGAGUGGAGGAGGCAGCUGCAGCAGAGCCCGCGGCUGAUGAAACCCCUGCAGAAGUUACAGCUCGCAACGAAGCAGAAAGCGACGAACAUCUCACUGACGCAGAAGUUUCCGGAGAAGCACCAGAAGAUAUAGAUUCCUCCCCAGUUAAUGCUGCUCCUGUGGAGAAAUCCGACGACAAGGAAGCGGAUGCCUCCAAGGAAAUUCCUGCUGCAGAUGCGCCGGAAGAAACGGUCUCAGAAGAGCCUACCACUGCGGAGGAACCUGAGGCUGAAGAACCUGCUUCGGCGGAAGAGCCUCCUGUUACCGAAGCAGCUCCUGUCGCCGAGGAACCUGCUGCUGCUGAAGGCGAAUUGCCUGUCACCGAUGAGGCUUCUGCUGCCGAAGAAGCUCCAACUACUGAGCCCGCUGUUACCGAAGCGGCCCCCAUCGAAGAAGCCGAUGCCGAAACGCCUCUCACAGAAGUACCUGCUGUCGAGGAAGCUCCCGAGCCACCCACUACUGAAGAAGCUCUCGCGAAUGAACCUGCUGUCACUGAAGAGGUUCGCCUUGAAGAAGCCCCUGUCGAAGAGCCACCUAUUGCUGAGGAGCCACUUGCAACUAAGGAAGUGCCUUCUGAAGAAGUCCCUGUUGUUGAAGAACCUCCCGCGGUUGAUGACCCUGUUGAGGAAGCACCUAGUCCUGAAGCAGCACCCGCUAUUGAAGAAGCUCCUGCUGAGGAAGUUCCUGUUGAAGAAGCACCUGUUGAGGAAGCCCCUGUGCCCGAAGCAGCACCUAUUGCCGAAGAAGCUCCGGCUGUUGAGGAGCCUGCUGCUGUUGAAGCUUCUACUCCUGAAGAAGCUCUAGUUACUGAGGAGCCUGUUGCUGCCGAAGAAGUCGCUGUUGAAGAAGCGCCAGCGCCAUCUGUAUCAAGAGAAAUCACCGUCGAGGGAGCCCCAGAUGUUGAAGAAGCCCCAGCGGAGCAGGCCCCGGUUGAAGAAGCUCCUGUCGCUGUAGAAUCUCCUGUUGCCGAUGAAGUGCCUCCCGCUGAAGCUCCUGUCCAACCCGCUCCGGAUGACACUCCAUCUGAAGAACCUGAGCCAAUUGAAGAACCCGCAGCGGACUCGCAUGUUGUUGAGUCAGCACCAGCCGAUCCUAGGGUCAUUGAACGAGCUCCCGCUAGCGAUGAUACGCCUCCUGAAGAUCUUGUUGCCGACGAACCAGCUGUCGGGGAGGUGCCUUCAGAAGAGCCAGUCCUUGAAGAGUCAGCUGCUGGAAGAGAGCUGUCUGAAGAGGCAACAGACCCUACAAGCGAAUACCCAGAUACCGUUGACUCGCUCAAAGAUGACCCCUCAACUACGACCGAAGCUGCCGCUGGAAUUGCAGCCGGAGCCGCCGCCGCUGGUUUGGCUCAUGGCCACAGAAAGAAAAAGCGACGAACAACCGACAUGGACCGUGAGCGUGGUCACUCCAAGACCUCCUCUGAUGAAUACCCGCCUCGACUGGAACGACAGAAGAGUACUAAACGUGGCGGUAUCUUCACAACUCGAUGGGCGGAAGCCUUGGAUGAGGCGAAGCGGCAGCAUGAGAAGAAGGCCAGACAUGAGGACAGACGGAAAGAGAAGACGAUUAUAGUGGAAAGGGAGCCACGCCGUUCGUCAGGACGUGAAAAAGAGCACGAGCGUAUAAGACGAUCCGAACGCACCGAGCGCUCUACAAAGGAAAAAGAACCUGUGCCUGUCAAGACAAGACACAAACACUCAGAACACUCUAGCAGCAGUGAUCGUGAGCGAAGUGGAAGCUCUUCCUCAAGACACGCGCAGCUUUCAGCGCCAAAGCCUAAAGCCUUUCUAAAGUAUAUGACAUCGGGAGAGUCAGACACCAAACCCCUACUGAAAAUCAAUGGCGACAAAGCUGCCGCAAACAUCUAUGAGCCUCAUAGGAGAUCUUCCACGAGCCGUUCACAUGGUCACCGCCACUCUCACGAGGGACGAGGCACCACUGAACGCUCCAGUGGAUCUCACCAGACCGACGAAGAAGAUCGAGCUCGACGCGAAGCUCGCAGAGCUCGCCGAAAAGCCGAAGAAGAGGAACAAGCAAAAGCAAAAGAAGAGCCUGAGCAACGCCAUCACCGUCAUAGCGGAGAAGGACACCAUCGUCACCACCGUCACAAACGUGCUCCGUCUCCUCCACGGAGCGGAAGUUCCAAACUAAAAGGCUUUAUCAAGUCUGCUAUUGCUGCAUAUUAA